AUGUAUGUUGAAAUUUUUCUAUUAGUAAAAUAUAAACUAUUGGCAUUUUUUAGGACUAAUACUCAUCCAUUAAUAAAAUGGAGUCAAACGAAAGAUCAUAUUAUAUUAACAAUUGCUGUACAAGAUAUUGAUAAGCCUGACAUAAAUAUUGAACAAACAAAAUUUCAUUUUAAAGGUCAACAAACAAAAGGAUCAAGUUAUGAUACAACAUUUGAAUUUUUUGAUGCGAUUGAUCCAAAUGCAUCAAAAUAUCGUAAAAUAGGUCAAAAUCAUUGGGAAUUUAUGCUUAAAAAGAAAGAUCCAAGCAAACCAUUUUGGAAACGAUUGAUUAAAUCUACAGAAAAAUGUUCAUGGAUAACUGUUGAUUGGAAUCAUUUUGCUGGUGAAGACGACGACAAUGAUAAUGAAACGGGUGGUACUGGUGGUAAAGAUUGGGGUAAUAUAGAUGCACUGCUUAAAAAUAUGGGCGGAGAUGUAAGUGGUGCUGAUGCGCCUGGUUUAAAUGAUACUGACGAGAAAGGAACAGAUAGUGAUGAUGAACCAAUGCCGGAUCUUGAAGAUGUGCCAAAAACAAACGAUGAACAGGAUAAAUCUGCAACACCAACGAAUUAA